AAUCGUCCUUGUAGAAUACGCUACGGUACUCGUACUUGACUUCAUACUGAAAAAUACCGACGAUUGAUGAUUWUAAUGGAACGUACCUACAGUACGGUAAGUACCGGUGCAUUACAUCAUACGGUACAGACAUCAUAAUGCCACUUCCGUUCCUCGUGCUCGUGAAAAAAUGAUUCUGUACCGUAUCGUAGUACUAGUACUAAUACCGUAAGAGCACAAAAUACAUUCAGUCUCAAUCACACAACUUUUAUUUCUCGAUCCAUUCAUGUCCGGACCGCAACUACCGGCGAAGAGCACUAUUCGCAAGAGAAGCGUGGCAGCUUUGGAGAGCGCCAGCAACCGCAAGGCAACCAGCAACGAAAGAGGAAUCUCAAACAUCCCGAGAAAAGGUUCCCCAAUGGCCAUGACCGCGAGACCGGUCCGGUCUUCUAACAAAGAGGAUAAUGCCACGGCAAACGAGGCGAAAUCUUCCAGCGAUGCAAUGGCAUCGAAAUCCCCAAAGCGACAGCACUACGGUUUCCAGCCGAGUGCUAACUGGAUGAUUCGUUCCCCUCUGCUGUGGGCAGUUGCAGUGGUUCUACCGCUCUUUUAUUGGGUUUACUCGAAACAAGGGCACGGAACGUCACUUGCGGACGCAACGAAGACAUCUGAUAUUCCCACCGGGGAUCGAGACACAACCACCACCACCAUUUUGGAGGAAUACCGAACCCUGAUUGAACUCUCCAUUCCACCCGGGGCCCUCACUCCAGGUGAACACCGCAAAGGUCGCUACGGAAAAGUCCACGCCACCUUUUGCGCCAUUGACUGGGACCUUCAAUCCGCUAACCCAUCAACGGUCCCCAUGUUCAAAGACCUCAAGGGGCGGUCCUCCUCUUGCAAGGCCACCAAGACAGUGGUGACCGAUUUCUACAAGCUGGCCAGGGCCGCCAGGGACUACGACGCCGAGCAAAGCGACCGGAACGAGACAGACGAAGCCCCCUACCCGUCGGGAGUGGUCUUUCACGAGACGCGGUGCGGUUCUACCCUCGUGGCCAACCUGCUGGCGGGAUCCUCUCCCACCAUGGGCACCUCGCGGGUCUACUCCGAGUCGCCUCCCCCGAUCGCGGCCCUCCAGGCCUGCGCCAGGAACGGUGGGAAUGCCUGCGACCCGGACCUACAUUCGUCCCUGAUCCGUGACGUCUUUUACGUGAUGGGACGACGGAGGCCAGCGAGCCCCAAGGCCGAGCAACACCGCGUCUUUUACAAGAUCCAGAGCAUCGGUUCUAUGUCCAUAGACAAGUGAGUCGUCUUUGAUUUGUUGUUCAUGCUUUCGAAUCCAUUUUCUUGCUCACCAGUAAUUUAUUCUCGUUGACUGCCAAAGAUUCACCGCGGCCUUUCCAACCGUCCCCUGGAUCUUUGUCUACCGCGACACGGUAGAGAUCCUGCAGUCCCACCUACAGCAGGGGCGAACUAACCCGACCAACUCACAGGGGCAGCAGAAAUCGACCGUCAUUCCCAAAGUCUGCACCCGCAACUACAACCUCGGCCUCAAUCGGCAGCCAGCCACCACCCUCGAGGCCAUGAAGGACGCAGGUGUGGCGAUAGACAAACCGCCCAGUGCAAGCCUGGAUCCCAUUGAGUACUGCGCGGCCCACCUCGCGGGCCUAUCCCUAGCGGCACUCCACGAGCACGAUCGGUGGCAAUCCAACCACAAACAAGCGGCCAGCGGGGGCGGACGCUUUGUCGAGUACUCGCAGCUCCCGGAUCGGCUCUGGAACGAGAUUCUCCCGGACCACUUCGGGCUAGGCCGACCGCUGCCCGAGCAGGCAAUCUCCAACAUGGAAACCAUCGCGGGGGUCUACAGCAAGGGCCGGGGAAAGAAGGCCAACCAGGAAUGGGCCAGCGACUCGGAGGCUAAACAGGAAACGGCCUCGAAACAGGUCACAGAGGCCGCGAAGCGCUUUGCCUCGGGAGCCUAUGAGCGGAUGAAGGCACUGUCAUCGUGACGAAGCACGGCAUAGCAAGAAAUAAAGCAAUUGUAGUAUG